CCCUGCUAAUCCAAAACAGGGACGGAACAGCGUCCGCAGCCGCGCGUCAAAAACCUCUUAAUCCCGAAUAAGUGUCCGUUGUCGCCCCGGUGGACCGGCAGCAUGGCCGCCCAGAAGAUCAACGAGGCUCACGAGCACAUAGCCAAGGCGGAGAAAUGCCUGAAGACCAGUCUGACCAAGUGGAAGCCUGAUUUCGACAGCGCCGCCUCAGAAUACGCCAAAGCAGCUGUGUGUUUCAAAAACGCCAAACAGUACGACCAAGCCAAGGACGCUUACCUGAAGGAGGCCGAGUACCACACGGAGAACAAGGCGCUUUUUCAUGCGGCAAAGGCGAUCGAACAGGCAGGUAUGAUGAUGAAGGAACAAAAGAAAAUGCCAGAGGCCAUCCAGUACAUCGAGAAAGCCUGCAUGAUGUACAUGGAGAACGGCACUCCCGACACUGCUGCCAUGGCUCUGGACCGCGCUGGAAAACUUAUAGAGCCCAUCAACCUGGAGAAAGCUGUGGACCUGUACCAGAAGGCUGCCGGUGUGUUCGAGAAUGAGGAUCGUCUCCGCCAGGCAGUAGAGCUGCUGGGCAAAGCCUCCAGGCUGCUGGUCAGGUUAAAAAGGCUGGAUGAAGCUGCAGUCGCCCUGCAGAAAGAGAAAAACAUGUACAAAGAGAUCGAAAACUUCCCCAUGUGCUUCAAGAAAACCACGGCCCAGGUGCUGGUCCAUCUGCACAGAGGCGACUACGUAGCAGCUGAUAAGUGUGUCCGAGAAAGUUACAGUCUGCCAGGCUACAGCGGGAGUGAGGACUGCGUUGCCAUGGAGACGCUCCUGCAGGGCUACGACGAGCAGGACGAGGACCAGGUCUACCGCGUGUGCAACUCUCCCCUGCUGAAGUACAUGGACAACGACUACGCCAAGCUGGCCAUCUCCCUGAGGGUCCCUGGAGGAGGGGGCAAGAAGAAGAAGGCUGCGGCGGCUCCAGCAGGGGGCGCCGGAGGAGCGGCGGCGCCCGCUGAGGAGGACGACGACUAUGAGGGCGGGCUGUGUUAACCUCCUGGGGAGUCUGCUGCCCCCCGCCCCGCCCCGCCCCGCCCCCUCAGCUCCGGAGCUGCAGAGCCUCCUGGACGCCCGGCCUGCUCCACCUCCAUGUCUCGUCUCUGUGACGCUGCUGUACAUAUAGCUCCUGUUGUUUGUGGGUAAAGUGUGAGAUGACUCUAGAAAUAUCCAGAUGUGAAAUACUCUACAUGUCGAUCGACUCGUCAGUGUAUCGGUGUUUAUUUAUACAGAGCUAAUUUAUUCAGUAUUCAUGACUGCGGCCUGCUGGGAAACGUCAGAACAGAGUAAUAUGCAAUCAGAUCAUUCAUGCAUGUUCAGUCAGAGCUCAGAAGAAUUGAUCUGCCUCCAGCCCGAAGCGCGGCUGCCGUUUGCUCAGAGGAAUCCCGCUCGCAGCUCGGUUCUUACUGUUUUGGCGUCUGCUCCCCUAAAACUUCAAAACUUCCUGCUUGUGUCUUAAGUUGAAGUUUCCAGUUGAACCCUGACGUGAAGGAAUUAAAGGGACCAUCAGCCGAAGGCUGUCAGUGUUUGUCAUUUCCCCCCUGCUAAACCCCCCCCCCAAUCAUUCAAUUGGUCUUUAUAUAAAGGAAAUCAAGGCACUGUUUACGGUUCUUUUUUUUUUUUAAUUUGUGCUGUUGCCCGAUUGUGCAUUACUGAAAAGCAUAUCUCCAGACUUUGCACAUCUGUCAAUAAAUGUUUCCUGUGUGUGUCA